UAAAUGGACACACAACAAUAACAGAAAAGACAACAAUAGCAAAAGAAAGAGGUCUAGACCCGUGCAUACCGGACCUCAAACAGAGAGGGGAAUAAAACAGAGCACGAGUGUUUCCUCCUCCUGAAUGAACGUCACUUACAGCAGCAGCGCCUUCACGCUCCGCUGCUCUCCACUGCUUUAAGUAUUCCCGCAAUAUUAGAGGAGUCAUGAAUAACAAUUAUUCUGAGGAGGUGUAGCGAGUGAACGGACGGAGCACUGCGCACUCUGGAUCGGGAACAGCACCACCGAGACCUGGAGCAACAGGGUUCCUAUAGCCUACGAGAAGUCAUUUGAGCUGAAAAAACAAGUUUUUGUUCCGUGUGUGGUCAUGAGGAGUUGAGAAAGGAGCGCGUUUCUUCAGGCGAGCGUGUAUCGUGCUGUCGCGUGUCCUUCUGCUCACCGCGAGCUCGCGCUUUUCCGCACAGAUGUUAGUGCACACGUAUUCCUCCACGGACCGCCAUGAUGGGGUACCGAGCCACAGUUCCAGACUGUCCCAGCUGGGUUCGGUCUCUCAGGGUCCGUACUCCAGCGCUCCGCCGCUCUCACACACACCGUCCUCGGACUUCCAACCACCGUACUUUCCCCCGCCGUACCAGCCGCUGCCGUAUCACCAGAGUCAGGAUCCGUACUCGCACGUCAGUGACCCGUACUCUCUGAAUGCUCUCCACCAGCCCCAGCAGCACCCGUGGGGCUCCCGUCAGCGGCAGGACGUGGGCACGGAGAGCGGAGCUUUACUCCCGCAGCCUCGAGCCUCUUUACCGCAGCUCUCGGGUCUGGACCCCCGGCGGGACUACUCGACCGUGCGCCGACCGGACGUGCUGCUCCACUCCGCACAUCACGGGCUCGAGGGCAUGGGAGACGGGCUUUCCCUCCACGGCCUGGCGCACGGCAUGGAGGAUGUGCAGGCUUUGGAGGACGCAAACGGCGGGAUGAACAUCCUGGAUCAGUCAGUCAUUAAAAAAGUUCCAGUUCCUCACAAGAGCGUCGCUUCUCUGAUGAUGAACAAAGACGGUCUGAUCGGCGGGAUCUCCGUGAACGCGAACGAGGUUUUCUGCUCGGUUCCUGGACGCCUGUCGCUUCUCAGCUCCACAUCCAAAUAUAAAGUGACUGUUGGCGAGGUCCAACGACGCCUCUCUCCGCCAGAGUGCCUGAACGCUUCUUUGCUUGGCGGGGUUUUGCGGAGAGCGAAGUCGAAAAAUGGCGGUAGAUCGCUGAGGGAAAAGCUGGAGAAAAUCGGCUUGAAUUUGCCCGCGGGGAGACGCAAAGCAGCGAAUGUCACUUUACUGACGUCUCUAGUAGAAGGAGAAGCAGUUCAUUUGGCUCGGGACUUUGGCUACAUUUGUGAAACUGAAUUUCCUACAAAGGCCGUGUCUGAAUAUCUGAACAGACAACACACAGAUCCAAACGAACUGCACUCGAGGAAGAACAUGCUGCUCGCCACAAAGCAGUUGUGUAAGGAGUUCACGGACCUGUUGGCUCAGGAUCGCACUCCAUUAGGAAACUCUCGGCCUUCGCCCAUCCUGGAGCCAGGAAUCCAGAGCUGCCUGUCACACUUUAGCUUCAUCACGCACGGGUUUGGUUCUCCAGCCAUCUGCGCCGCCCUCACGGCUUUGCAGAAUUACCUGACUGAAGCCCUUAAAGGCCUCGACAAGAUGUUCCUGAACAACCCCACUUCCAACCGACACACAUCUGUAGACGGACCCGGCUCCAAAGGCGGAGAGAAAGAGGAAAAACACAGGAAAUGAACUGUGGAAAUACGAUAUCAAGGAGGCGGAGUCAUUGGAGAUGUUCAGAGAUUCUAUAAACUCUAGUUUUAUGACAUUGCGUUUUACAUUCUGGGUUGAAGGUGGAGAUUGGACAGGAGAUCACGGGAAAGCGAAAGGAACGAUACGAUCCUGGAGGACAUGAGUCUGCCGUGACACGUUCACCAUCUUCAUCUCAUUGGUGUGCGAGUGUGAACAUAUUCAAGGAGUGUUUGUGAGUGUGUGUUUUUGUGUAUAAACGUUUGACAUUGGCUUUGACAUGUCCUUUACACACAUGCUCAUGAAUCUGAACCUGCUAUUUGAGUGUUCUUCGAUGUAAUGGCCAGCACAUGAGAGGACAGGUUUGGUGGAGACACUUUUAGCUACUAUAUUUAAUUAUACUUAUUAUUAUACAAAAUUAUUGCUGCACAGUUCUGCAAUAUUAAAUACAUUCCAUUCAGCCUUCGCCACGAUUACAGUAAAACAAAUUCACACUAACAUGUGAAUUUGCUCCAUCGCUUGAAAGAGAGACAACUUAUUCAAAUCUAGGAGAUUUUAUUGCAUUUAUUGCAAUGAAAUAGCGUUAGCCAAAAAGAGGCUGUGAAUGUGCUAUCAUGCUAGUUACGUUACAGUCCAUCACUGAUGUUACGACAGAUUCACAUUUACAUUAUCACAGCAAUUCAUUACAAAUGAAGUUCUCAAACUGAUUAUUCACAUAAAGAUACCAAAAGAUUUAACAUAUUCUUUCAAACACCCUGGGCAAUAUUCAGAAUAGCUUGUCUACAAAAAUGCAAGAAAGAAAGCAAUUUUGUCAUUUUUGGUUGUAUUUCUUUGUAUUUGAAACUGCUCUUAGUGCUGUCUUGGUUGUGAGGACAUUUCCAGCAGGUUACUUUUAACAUGGCAAUCAUCUUAGCUGACCAAAUGACAUUUCAUCUGUUGCUUAUGUAUUUUUUUUUUAAAUGUAUACUAACAUUUACACAGACUUAAAUCAACAUAGACAAAGAAAACACAUUUUAUGGCCUAAAUAUGGAUUAUUUGUUUUACAACCCUACAUCGGCUGAAUGGAAGCUUGCUUUGACCGUGGUGUUGACAGUGUCAACGAAACAAAAAAGAAAAAAAGAAGACUUUUGAAAACAGACUGAAAAAGGGUCUGCGUAAAACUGAGGAAAGGACAGGUGACCGCGCGUGCUGGGACACGGCCACGCGCAGCUUUUACGCGCUCACCUCAACCGGCGUGUGCGCGCACUUUCGCAGUCCCGCGCGCAAGCUGGAUUAUAGCCUGUCUGUCAAAGUUAAUAUUGGGUUUACUGUGCGCGGAAGGCUCUUUUAUUUAUGUUUGUAUAUAUUUAUUUAUGCUUAAUUUAAUGGGCGUAUGUACAUAGGAAUAGACUGGGUCGUCUAUCUGUGACUGUCUCUGUGCGUGGGUGAACGCUUGUUUUAGAUAGCAUCUUGUAUUUUUUGUUUCAUAGAUAGGGUGUUAUGUGGUGAAGGCUAGAAGUUGGUUCUUGUCUGGUGAUUUUCAUUUACCUCGAAAUAAGAAUAAAACGUGUGUUUUAUUGUA